AUGGAACAAACCGAGGUACCUAAGCUUCGCUGCCAGCGAAUCGGCUGCAACGCUACUUUCACCGAAGACAACAAUCCCGAUGGUUCCUGUACUUACCAUGAUUCGCCUUUCUUUCAUGAUGGAAUGAAAGAGUGGAGUUGUUGCAAGAAAAGGAGCCAUGAUUUCAGCUUGUUUCUGGAGAUUCCAGGAUGUAAAACAGGUAAACACACAACUGAGAAACCGGUGUUAGCAAAGGUGACUCCAACGCCCACCCCAAAGAAUCCAGUUUCUACUCCCACUGCAGCUGCUGCCUCUAACCUGUCCUCAAAAGAAUCUUGCCCUAGAUGCAAGCAGGGUUUUUUCUGCUCAGAUCAUGGGUCACAAGCACAACCCCAAGCUGCACCAGCUAAAAGCCAAGCUUCUGCUCCGGCAAAAAAGAUAGUUGAUAUAAACCUGCCCCAAACUUGCAAGAAUCAGGGGUGCGGUCAAACUUUCAAAGAGAAGGAUAAUCAUGAAACUGCCUGUAAUUACCACCCUGGCCCUGCUGUUUUUCAUGAUCGAAUGAGAGGGUGGAAGUGUUGUGAUAUCCAUGUAAAGGAGUUUGAUGAAUUCAUGAGCAUUCCACCUUGCAGCAAGGGCUGGCACAAUGCCGAUCAAGCAUCUUAA